UCACAUCAAUCUGAUUGAAAAAAUGACAUUUCUGUCUGUUUUGAUCUCUUCAGAGAUGGUGAGGAAGAAGAAUCCCCCUAUCCGGAGUGUAGGAGGUGAGGAAGAGGAAGAGGAGGAGGGGAGGCGGCCAGGAGCAGAAGAAGAAGAUGAGGUAGAAGAAGAGGGGAGAGUAGCGGUGGAGGCCGAAAGAAUCAACCGUCCGUCCGAACCGGAGUCCUCUGAGCGGAUCAGAGGAGACGAGGAGCAGGAGGAAGAGGAAGCAGAAAGCGAAUGCAUUUCCUCAUCUGUAUCUCCCUCAUCCGUCGGUGCGAGAGAUGACCGCUGCAGCAACGAGGAGCGAGGGGGGAGGAGAGGAGCAGGGGGACCUGCCAAACCAGGAGCAGUACUAUUGACGGACAGACCUGAUAGCCAGUCGGAGGCUGAGGAUGGUGAGAGGGCGGUAGAGGAAGGAGAGCGAGGUGAAAGAGAGAGGGGGGACGCCGAUCAUCUAACGGCUCCUCUCCUUUCAACUCCACACCUCCUUCCCAGAAAGGAAGGAGGGGAGGAGUCAACAACUGACACCCCUCCGCUGUCAUCCAGCCCCUCCCCUAAACUCCAGGACUUUAAGUGCAACGUGUGUGGUUACGGCUACUAUGGCAACGACCCCACCGACCUGGUGAAGCACUUUAGGAAGUAUCACCUGGGUCUGCACAAUCGCACACGACAGGAUGCUGCACUCGACACACACAUCUUGGCGCUCCACAACAUGGCACCCCAGCACACUCAUUUAGAUAUACAGGCGGGACAAGGACAGAGGACCCAAGUUAAAGAUUUGGGAAAGACAAGACCAGAUAUACACAGUCAACAGCACAGGACAGUAAUGAUGAAUGGCACAUAUGAUGUACAGGUGACAUUGGGCAGCACUCUAAUUGGGAUUGGCCGAAAAACCUCAGAUUGCCAGGGGAACACUAAGUACUUUCGGUGCAAAUUCUGCAACUUCACCUACAUGGGCAGCAAUUCCUUAGAACUUGAACAACACUUCCUGUCAUCACAUCCAAAUAAAGUCAAAACUCCACCGACCACCCCCCUGCUGCCAAGCAAUAAUGUAGCAACACAUGAAAACCAGACAAAGGGGAGAAGUGAAAUGCUUGACAUCGUGGAGCGAGUGGUAGUGAGAGCGGAAGACGACUCCCUAGUCGGGUACUCCAUCCCAGUUCAGGCAUCUUCAGACUCUGCAAGUUGGGCAGGGGAAGCAGGUCGCGGCUCAGUGCAGGCAUAUUAUUGGUGUAAAUUCUGCAGCUGGAGUUGCGAGUGGGCAGGGGGUUCUUCAAAGCUCAUAGAGCACUACGAGGAAAGGCAUAGAAUGAGCACUGGAGGUACAAUGAGCCCCAAUAACUCCAAUCCCCCGCGGCCGGACCGAGAGAGAGCAGUGAGAAGAGAUGAACACGCUGCAUCCAAGAAAAAAGAUCUACAAUCAAACUCAUCGAGCACCAGCAAAGGAGACCUAAACAGCAGUGAAUCAGAGGCAGUCGUGACCAGUUACAACUGUCAGCUCUGUGAUUUCCGAUACUCAAUGGCCCACAGUGCAGAUGUGAUUGUCGUAGCACCGUUGCUUCUGCACUACCAGCACAACCACUCCAUCCAGCGGUGCUGCAUUCAGCACUGCAUGUAUUGUCCACAGGGACUCUGCCAGCCACACAAACACCUGGGAGAGGUGUCCCACCCGUUUGCUUGUCGGAAACCCACCUGCGCCAAGUGCUGCUCCAGAUUUCCUCAGUCCAUCAAACAACAAGAUGCCAUAGCUUCGAAACCUGCUACUGCCACUUCACCCAGCAUGACCCCUCCUACUCCCAGAAGUGACCCCGGCAGGAUUUCUGCUUCAACCUUUCAUUCUCCUAGCUCCUCGCACCCUGUUGUCUCUCAAGGAGUCACCCACUUGUGUGAUCAGUGUGCGUUUGCCACCGCUGACAUCGAUAUGUUGCUCCAACACUAUGAAAGCUGCCAUACCCUCAUCAACCUCAAGGGGGCGCCCCCGCACGUCAAGGCUGAGGAGGACACCGGGGGAGAGAAGGAAGGAGGGGGGGCACGAGGAGGGGAGAGAGAGUUCCCUUGUUCAAAGUGUCACUUCAUCACAGAAGUGGAAGAGGAGAUUUUUAGACACUACAGGCGGGUUCACGCAUGCUGCCGUUGUCGCCGCUGCGACUUCACAGCACCUGAUUCUUCAGCCCUGCUUGACCAUUUUAACUCUGCCCACUGUCACGAGUCCUCGCUGUCAUUAAGCUCGCUAACGACAACCUCGCUGCCCACCUUGAUGACCACCUCACUCAGGCCGUCGCUAAAACUCUCAGCCAAUGGCUGCUCUGCCCCAUCAACCAUAGCCAUUAAAGAAGAGAGCAAAGGCGAUCUUCGCCUCCUCUACUCCCUUGCACCACCAGAGGGCCGGUUGGCAGAAGGAGGCAGGGAAGAAGCAGGAGGAGGUUUAGUAAAAACCGAGGGAGGAGAGGAGAAAGAAAGAGGAGAGCGCGAGAAAUGUUGGCUUCUCGGGGAGACGCGAGGACUAGGGGAAAGAGGCGGUGAACAGGCCCACGGCUUACUCUGGGUGCCCAAGGAGCGAAUGGGAGCUGAAAGAGGAGCAGGAGGUGGGAGUCCAUCUCUUUUCCCCUCCCCCCUCUCACUGUCAUUUGUUUCAGCCAAUCAUGAGACCUCACAACAGAAAAGAGGCGUGCCUUCACCUAGCAUGGUUUACCUGGGAGACACCAAGUCGUUUUUGGGAGAUGCCAAGUUGUACGGAGGAGGGCGUUCAGGAGGAGCGGCAGCAGGUGGAGGUGCAGGGGAGAAACAGAGCCAGAUGCACCCUCAGCAGUACACAGGAGGAGGAGGAGGAGGUGGAGCAGGGAGUGGAGGAGGAGCAUGUCAGGAGACAAAAGUAGGAGCUGCUAAAGAAGAGUCCCAGUCCUUGUUACGGCGACGCAGGGGAAGCGGGGUCUUCUGUGCCAACUGUCUGACCACCAAGACGUCACUAUGGAGGAAGAACGCCAACGGCGGCUAUGUCUGCAACGCGUGCGGUUUAUACCAAAAACUACAUUCGACACCCAGACCUCUGAACAUCAUCAAGCAGAACAACGGCGAGCAAAUCAUCCGGCGCAGAACCAGAAAACGGCUCAACCCUGAUUCACUGUCAACUGAAAAUCCCGCUCCCAAGCAGCAGCGAAUCACCAGUGAGGAGCGCAUGAAUGGGGAGGAGCCCGACAGAAGCUGUGCAUCAGUCAAAAACCAACAGCCGUCCCCACGCUCGCGCUCGCCACGAUCCACUCAAGUCUUCCUCGCAAAUCAAACCUUAGAAAUUCACAGACGCAUGCCUCCUCUUCUCCUCCCUUCACACCCCCCGUCUUCACUGAUAACUGAGGGCAAUGGGGGCAUGAGUGAGGGAGGGAUAACAUCAAAACUAGAAAGUGGUAAAGGAGGAGGGGGAUCGGAAAGAGGAAGUCCAAUUGAAAAGUACAUGCGUCCAUCCAAACCGUCUAGUUAUUCACCUCCUGGUUCGCCCAUAGAAAAAUACCAGUACCCUUUUUUCUCCUUACCGCUGCCUCUAACGCUCUCACCUGACAUGACCCACGAGUCAGACUGGCUCCGCUUCUGGACCAAAUAUAAGAUGGCAGCCUCCUCUGGGGUUCCUGGUGCAAUCAGUAGUCUCAGCAACCCUGGUAGCCUUGGAAACAACACUCAUUAUCUCAGUUCUGUGGUGUCUCCAGUACAGCAUCAUCAGCAAAGUUACACGGUGCCUUACUGUGCUUCCCCUUACUCUCCUCUCCCACCUCCUCCAGCUCCUCCUCACUAUCCUCCCCCUCCUCUUCAUUCCCAAACGUCCUCUUCAUCAUUAGAGAAUGAGGCUCCUUUGGACCUCGCAAUAAGACAUCGAGAUGCUCAUGUAAGCGAGGCGAACACGCACGUAUCAACAAAUGGCUCAGAAAGAAGAAAGCAAGAGUCACCACUCGCCGAGAGGACGCGAGAGAACUGGAAAGCAGAUGGAGAAGAAGAGGAGAGGAUGGAUGAAGGAGGGAAGCAGAUAGAGGAGAUAGGAAAGGAGGAAACGGCUCAUUUGCCAAAAAGUCCUUCAAGUGUCCCAUCAAGUCGUGCCACGGUGGAAGCAGCCACGCAGGAUGACCUGACAAAUCGCUGCAUCCACUGUGGGAUCUACUUCCUAGACGAGGUCAUGUAUGCGCUGCACAUGAGUUGCCAUAGCGACGGGGGACCUUACCAAUGCAGUUUUUGCCUGCACACGUGUGCAGACCGAUAUGAUUUCACCACACACAUACAGAGGGGCUUACACAGAUACACAGACAAAAUGCCACAACAGAGGCACGACGACGGCAAAAUCCAGAACGCCACGGCAACGUCAGACCACGAUGGCCUCAAUGCGAUGCCUGACGAAAAAGAUUGUGGGGACAGUAGUCAUAGCGUGACAGGUGAAAGCGAGGAUGUCCGAAGGGCUUGUCAUAACAACCAACAAAAAAAAACUGUGGGCAAUGGCGCCAAUGACAAUGCCAUCGAAUUCCAAAAGGAGGUAAGAGGAAAAGUCUGUGACACCACAAACCAGGAAUUAGGAGGCAAGACUAAGUUGGAUAAUAGCGAUGACAUUGCACAGGCCACAGAAAUUACAACUGUGGCUGCGUCUAAAAGGUUAGACGAGGACUCGGCGAGUAAUUAAUCCGAAGCAUUUGAUUCUCACAGAGUCAAGAAUGUGUUUGGUUGGAUGAAUAAGCUGUUUGCCUCCACGUUGCUGGGGGGUGGGGGGGCUAGCUCAUGUUGAAAUGAGCCUGUCUUGGGCACUAAAAGGAAAACAUCCUCAUGCUGGAAGCACACGGCUGUCAAAUCGUCAAAAAAAAAAUUAGAGAUUUUUACUGAACUACUGCAGAGACAGUUUGGAGAAACAGCCUGUAUCAUGUGUUGACUGACGGUCACUCGACAGCUCCGCGGCAAAUACUCAACAACCAAGUUCAGGCUGAAGUCGCCGCUAGUUAACAGCUUCUUUACAUGCUUUCUCAACAGGACUGGAAGCUCGGCUGAAAGUUGGAUUGGUCUGACUUCGUAAGACGCUUUUGAGGAACUCAGCACUUGCACAGAUGCAACCAAGCAAAAAAAAAGAAAAAAAAAAGCUAGCAGGGAAACACUUAAAUCGAACUGAGAUGGCGUAUUAUGCACCAUAAUAAUAAUGAGCUACACUGGGUCGGAGCAGGUCCAAACUAGUCUGGUACUUUAUUCAGACUGGAUUAUUUUGGUACAACCAGCUCUGAUCUAUUUUGAACUUUUUCAGGUCCACGGCAUGCUUUUGACCGUUUUCCAAAGGGAUCCACAACCAGAACUAAGAGAAUUAAUGUGCUAUGCUAUCAGCUCAGCUGGUGUUAUCCUGGUAAUAAAGGAUUUUUUUGUUUGUUUGUUUCCUCACUGGUGGCCUGUUACUUCUGAAACUGGCCACGUUUGUCUGCUGCAAUGUGGCCUAAAAUGGAAGUUGUGGCAUCAACAACAAAACAAAGGGGAUUGGUUUGUUUUGACCUGAACUUCAAUGAACUGCCCGAAACGUGGUCAAACCAGAUUAAUUCCAGACUGAAAUGGUCCAUCCUGCCUAUUUGGAUCAAACUAAGUGACUUUAUUUUUUACCUUCCUCUGUGCCAUGAUACAAGCUACGUGCCUGGCUGCCUGCCUAAUAAGAAAAACCAUCUAUUAACCUGCUUAACAUUUAUAUUAAUAAUAAUAAUAAUGAUGAUGAUGAUGAUGUUACCAUACGAAACAUGCAAUUUGUUAUACUUUCGUAAAUAUGUUAUUUUGUAAAGGCAAAUAAUGUUUUCUGCAGGUAAUGGUACUAUAGAAAUUUAGUCUGUUUUUGUUUUUUUAUUUCUUUGUUGUUGUUUGUGUUCCUGCGGCAACUUGUCGCAUUGGUAACGGCAUUCUGACAGAAACGGUUCAGCAAAGGACUCGGUUGUAAGUAUGUGUGCAUUUGUGUAUUUGCUUAUAUGUGUGUAAGCACGCGUGCAGGAUCAAAGUACACGUCAGUCCCCGAGAGAUGACGUUAAAAAAAAAAUGAAGGGUUGCGCUUGGUUACUCAGUCCUCAGGGGUCACACGUGAUGUACGACAAACCUGCCUGUUUCAGGACAUGAACGGGUUUUGCAUGUUACCUGAUGUUCUUACCUUCUCUUCUGUUUCUUGUUUUUGUUCAUGUGCUUAGAGAGCAACAUGUUUUUAGCGUGUUUUUAUAUGUUGCAUGGUUUUAGAGAGAGACUUAGGCCUGGAGAAAGAUAAACAGAUUUUAUGAAAAUGUAGAAUUACUUGGGUUACCUGUACAAAAGUUUAAACACCAUUCUCACUUUCACGGAUGUGCAUCGUGGAAGGUCAAUGUUUGAAACCUGGUUCAAACCUUGGAAAAUCUGAGUGUUUCCUGGAGGGUGCCUGCAGGGGCGCUACCACGGAUUUUGGGCCCCAUGAAAGGAAAUCUUGCUGGGCCACCUGCCAUAUUAUUUUGUCAGUAUUAUAAUUGUAUUAGAGGCCUCUAGCCCCCUGUCAAUCAUGGGCCCCUAGAAUCCUCCUUAUUCUCCCCUUUUCGGCACCCCUGGGUGCCUGUGAAGAACCGGGAUAUUCUGUCAUUAUGACGUGGUUUUAAUGUAGAGCAGGUAUCAUUGUGGGUUAGGAGCUGGUCUAUGCAGACCUGGGUUUGAACCCAGUUCAUGGUAUCUGUCUCUGUCCUUAGACAAGACAUUUAAUCCACAUAGUCUCAGUCCACCCAGCUAUAAAAAAAUUGGUAUUGGCCAACUGUCAUCUGCUUUAUGCGGAGAUGAUCAUGCACAGGGCCUGUAUAGGACUUGCUUGUUUUUUUGUUAUAUUGUGAACUUUGAUCUACUUUGGUAAUAGUCCGAUAGUUGUUUUAGCACACAUCACAUGAUAGACAUUCAACACGUUACACAUCCUCUACCGCUCGCCACUGCUCAUGCUGCGGCAGUCUCUCUCGGUUGGGUCGAGCCACUGUUAAGAUUUUUAAUAUUCUGUACACAUCCGUGCUCUGGCCUCAUCACCAAGAAGCGAUCACUACGCCUAAAGUAGUUCCACAACAAACAAAUAAAUGCACUGCAAAACAACACAUGACUUGCCGAUGUCGAAAUUUGACAAUAUUUUAAGUCACACGAAUGGCAAAAAUUUCAACUAAGUCAUGAUUAAUUACCCUCUCACUGAUGCAUGCGUGUGGCUUCGCGCAGUGUUGGAUGUCUUCUUGUUUACAUCCAGGAAACUUCGAAAGAAGUCCGGCAGCCUUCCCAGAAGCCCAUCUUGCAGCGAUGACUGCACAGCACAGUCAGUCAGAAGCUGCGGGCAGUGUGCACGUUACAUUGUUCAACCACGUCCUAGAUCACAUUCACGAGCUUUGCACGCUAAUUUAUCACGGUUAUAGGGCAUGACUUUUCAAGGCGCACAUCUAUGAAAGUGAGAAUGGGGAUUUUUAUUCAGCUUAGCUCACAUUGCUUAUAAAUUUAGUUCCAUCUACCCUGCAUGCUAGCAUGUUACAGAAUCAAACUGUUAUAGUGUCACAGUGCAAAAACCCCUUGGCUAAAUGCAUCCUGUAAUUAAAUUAACUUACUUGUAUGACAUUUCUACUUCAUAGUAACUUUACAGUUCUUGAGUCAAUCUGUAAAAAAUCCAGCAAGCAGGAGAUUUUUUUUAAAUAACUAAGUCUCUCUUUAAACCAGAAUUUACAGUUUUCACAGUUUACUUGUUACCCAUGAGUGCCCUCGUGUAGAAUUAAUGUACUGUAUGUCCAUCCUUGCUUCUGCUCAAAGAAAUUGCAGUUCAGUUCAAUCACCAGAGGAUGGUGCAGUAGCUUCUGAAAUGCUUCAGAAGUUACUCUAAUAUGGCUCCCGUCACGAUACGGUCAAAACUACGAAAGCCCCUUAUUUGUUUUUAUUUUUUUUCCAAAACGGAACAAUGCUGUGGCCAUCUUUCUCCAUCCAUGCUGCCUUAGUUGCUAGAAAACAAAUAAAAAAAAGUAUUUAAAGGCUGAAUAGGCCAAAGGAAAAGCAAAGGCCAGACAGUUUUUUGUUUUUUUUUAAUAAAAGCUAUUUUUCUAUGCUUAUUCAAAAAAUAUGUACAAACAAAUAAUCCGCUUAGUGCCUGGAAACUUUUCUGGUUGACAUGUCACUCAUCAAUAGCAAUGAUUCAUCAAACCACUGCUCUCCACAGUAACUCCAUUACAAGCUCCUGCAUGUGCCGUUUUCCCUGCAAAACCAGCUGCAAUGCUAACUGCCAGUCACAAGUUUACUCUUCUUCUUUUUUCUUUUUCUGUUCUUUGCAUAUACACUACUUGAAAAUACAGUGACACAAGCCUGGUGAAAUCAAUCGGAGGUGCUUUCUUGAGGUUAAUACAAGAACAUUGUAUCCAAAAAAUUGUUUGAAAUGGGCACUGGGAUAGCAUUUCAUUUUUACAAACACUUUAUAAUACAGUAAUAACAGAUAUAUCAUAGCCUUUCACCAGAUAAAUCAGCUGGUUGCAGGUUAAUCAGCUCGUAUAUUUACCUGACAGUUUAAAUCAGUCGGGGCGAUGAUGGUCGUAUGCCGACGCUGAGCGGUCGAACAAGUGAGGUCACUGAACGCACCUCAAAGUGCAACCAGUAGAAUCAGUUGCCAUAACGAAACCCGCUUCAGACAUGCACUUCUUUUCCUCCACUUCACUCCAUGUGCUCCUCCACACUGUCUGACUCAAAGCAUUUCUAUAGCGCGUUCCUUCUGAAGCAGAAGCUUAAAGCACGUUACGAUGAUUCACACUCGCACAUCAAUGCAGGGUGCCCAUCUAUACACGGGGAGCAACUUGGGGGUUAAGAACCUCUAGUGACUUUCUGGUCUGAUGGGGAUUUGAACCAAGGAUCCUUUAGUCUCAAACCCACCACUUCAACCUGUAGACCAAGUCCUGUUAGCAGUGUUACUGUGUAGGAACAAGCAACAUUUCUGUCAAAGCACGACAGAUAACGGGCCCUAUUUUGACAAAUGGUCUAAAGUACAUAGUGCAAGUGCAUUUUGGGUGUGUCCAACUGCACUUUGCUGUUUAUACGGUACGUAAUCUGAGGACAAAGUGGGGCGCAGACCACAAAUGUUUUGUAUCUAGUCAAUUAGGCAUGCUUUGGGUGUGACAUGAAAUGAACCAGUCAGUGUGUUAUCUGUCAUUUUCUUUGUGACACAUUGCUGUUGAGACGGCAAACUCAGUGAGAGGUUUUUGCGGCAAAGAAACAACUGUGGGAGUGGGAGCAGAAGCCACCCACCGCACGCAGGUCUGUGAGGUGAAGUAUUUGAGGUGCUUUGUUCUCUCAACACCCACCAGAUCUCCAUCUCCCACAUAGUGCAGACCAAACCCCUCCCCCGCAACACCAACCCGUCUCCAGCGCACCUGGACAGAAAACAAGCUUAAAAAUAUGGCGCAAACCAGAGUUAUUGAAGUUUUGCACUUUUACAUUCACUUUCUUUUUUUACUUUUAUUUCAUUAUACAUUUUUGUUUUCAGUUAGAUCUACAAUGAUUAAUCAAUUGAUAUUACAUUAUCAACAACUGUUUUGUUAAUCAUUUAAUUGUUUUGGGGAUCUUUUUUAUGCCCAAACGCUCUGAUUUCAGCUUCUUCAGUGUGGGCACUUUCUGGUUUAUUUUACUAGUUUCUUUAUACUUUUCUGGCAUUAAACUGAAAACUGAAUAUGUCUCUAUUGUAGAAAAAAAAUAAGAUAUUUGAAUACAUCAUGUUCUGAAGAACAUUGGUCAGCUUUUUUCAGCUUUUUAAUAAAUUAUUUCUCAAUUCAUUGAUUAUGAAAAUAACCUGUUUUCAAUUCAGCUUUUGCUCUGUUAAAAAGGUGGACGAUGGGCCCAAAUUGCAUAUAAUAACAACAUUCAUAAACAUGCUCACAACAUCCUGACAAGCGUAGUAACAGGAAGAGCCUUACCCCAAAAUUAUUAAAUAAAAUGAUUCAAUUUUGCAGUCAACCAAUUGUAGAUGGCAAUAAUGAAUGUCCUUUGUUCCUUUGAAAAUAGCUGCAGUCAUUAAUAAUGCUUCAGAGCCAUAGAGGAAGUUGCACGUCCUUUAAAGUUAUAUAAUUCCUCUGAAUGUGUGAAAUCUUUUUGGUGUGAUUUGUAUUAUGAAUGCAAAGACACAGUCUGACCCACCUCGCCCUCUCCUGUCAGCACUUUGACACCUUACGGCUCCAAGUGACUCCAUGACAUCUUUUCAGUGACGUCCAUUCUAACUCCUUUAAUUUCCCGAUAAGUUUCCAACCUAUAAGGACUUUUUUCUUCUUCCUCUUCUUGUUGUUUGAACAGUACAAACCUACUUUCGAUUAUGUGUGUUCUUGAUCAUCUUGCUUAAGUUGUUUUUUUGUUGUUGUUUGUUUGGUUUUUUUGUUUUUACAGGCAUCUCUCACGGGGCUGCUAGCAACUGUUUACAUUUGCAAAUGUAGCAAAAAAAGCAAAGGAAUGAAGCAAUGUUUUUUUAAAUGACAGAACAAAAGGAAGGUUGGAGGAAAUGAUGGAUGAGUGCUUUUGAAGAAAACACGGAGACCAGUACAUCGUGUGUUUCACUUCUUUGUGUGUGUGUGUGUGUGUGUGUGUGUGUGUGUGUGUGUGUGUCACUUUCCUGCCUUGUUUUGAUAGCAGUAAUAUUGUAGUAAUGUUUAAUUUGUCAGCGGGGUUUACGCGGGACCUGGCAGGGACCCCUGUCUCCUGAUUUUGCCUUUCUCACCUACUUGAAACAGGGCUCGAGAUUUGCAGAAGAAUGCUACAGAGCAGCAGAUUUUAACUCAAAGAGCAAUGUAUUGAUUCAGGGGGACGCAAAAUUCAAGGUAUAGUCAAUUUAUUUUCCGCGGGGGCCGAUACUUGAUAAGCUUUCGGUAUCCCUCAGCAGUCCCCCGGUAAAUAUUGCAAAGAUUUUAAUUGAAUUUCCAGGAAGGAGAAGGGGAGCACAAGUGAUGAGCUUGUUUUUGUUCUGGGUUUAUUCAUGCUGAUGAACUGCAAGGAGACAGAUUCCGAUGUCAAAAGUUUGCAGCCGUUACAUUAGCUUCUGAGGAAAAUCUUUCCCCUGCACUUACUGAGUUGAACGUAAGGAAAACAACCUUGAGAAUGAAGAACAUAGUUUAUAAAAUAUAUAUGAAUACUGAUAGGAGAAACAGGAAAAAAAAGUUUAAAAAAGAAUUUUUCUCUCAUCUUGUCCUAGCCUCUUGGGAGACCUUUUUUUUUUUUACUGUCACGAUAGACAUCAAGCAGAUCCGAUCAGAAAGCCGGACGCUGCAGAUGCAUGAUUAAUAAUAUGUUUUAGGUAUGAUGGCAUUUCAUAACAGAGUUUACAUUGGGGGGAGGGGGUUCUUAACGUGUUUCAUUUGUUCUCUAUGUCCGAAUGUGUUAUAGAAAAUGAUGCUGUUCCUUGCACUCCGAUUGUUUUGUUCUUAUUGCCAACGAAGGGACAGUGCAGAUGUGCACACAUGGGCGGGUACACGAUGAGAUGUACAGUAUUAUCACACAGCAGACAAGGGAGCUAACGGCUAGUUUACUAUUGGCCACACUCACACAUGCACAUUGUACAUGCAUGCACACAUGCCAUCAACUGUGUACAUUUAAUCAACAUAUUUUAGUAGAAUUUGUUUCUAUUCAGUUGAACAGCUUUUAUAGGACAAAAAAACAAUGGGAUUUUUUUGUUUGUUUUUAUUAGUUUAUUUUCUCAUGUUGUAUUGUAUUCUGCUACCUUUCUGUACGUUAUUGUUUUUAGGGUUUAUUCCAUGCAAAAAUUAUAUUUCAACAACAUAUUUUGACAGCCAAGAAAAGUUUGUUACACAGCUAAACUUGAAGAAUAAUGUUGAUGAUGAUGAUGAAUAAUGAUUAAUAAAAGUAAUAACAAACAUGCUA